AUGAUUUCAUUGGCUCUGGAAAAUCGCUCAUACAAGGCUGAUGAAGAAGAACAUUCACACGAAUGGUGGGUAUUUAGAAGGAGUUGUGAGCUGUUCACACUUUGGCUUUACAUCUUGUUUGCAAUUGCGACUAUUGUUGCCGUUGCACAAAUUUACCUCACAAAUGGGCUUCUGAUGGGGAGGAAUGUCGAUACAGAAAGUCAGGCUGUAAAUGAUUUGACUUCGACCAGCAUAAAGGAGGAUGAUCUUUACCCGUCGCUAAAUAUUUCAGGUCUUAAUGAAGUAUUGUAUCUCAGGACUUUCAAAAGGGAGCAAUUCACUCCAUUACGAGAAGAAACUGUUCCAGAGAGCGGGAAGAAAGUCUACACCAUUGAACAAUUACUAUCAAUGCGACCACAAACGCAGACUGGAAUCUCACGAGAGAUAUUGAAAAUUUUUGAUUGA